AUGAGAGGAGCGGUGGUGGUGUUAUUUAUUGCCUCCAGAACUGUGUGUGAUGUGAUAAGACUUGUUCCAAAAUGUGAUUCGGCAUGCAUGAAAGGAAGGCUUCUGGCAUCAUACUAUGCAAGCCUUGUGCCCAUGCCCCCUGUAUAUCUUUCAGCCACGGAUUCUCCAGUGGCAAAGAAACCUAGGAUAGUCAGGCCUGCCGUGGUAAACCUUGAUGGGGUCAAAAGAAGCAUAUCCAAGCCUCGUCUUGCGAAGGUUCCUGAGGUCGUAAAAACAACUGUAACAGCCACUGUUCUGAAGGCUGUGCCCAUGGAGAUGCCUCGGACUGUGCAACCGCCUAUUGUAGUGAUGCAGCCUAGAUAUGUAAUGCAGCCUAUUCCUGUGGCCCUGAGCCCAAUGAGUGUAUCCACGGUGCCCAAGCCCAAGCAGAGUGUGAGACCUUCUCGCCCAUGGAUUGCUGUACAACAACAGGGUAGUGGGGCAGAAGCAAUCAAUAGGAUAGGGAAAAGAGUGAAUCUGAUCUACACAAUGCUGACCACGCUAAAGCAAAAAUACUUGCAGAUGAUCCCGCCGAGGCCGCAGAGGAUUGUGGUGGUUGCUCCUGUCACAACAAUGACCAUACUGAAAACAGUAUCCAUAACACCCCCUCAAAGAACCGAGAUUCCCGUCAUCAACCAGCCUAUCACGGUGGUCACACUGACCAAGUCUGCUUCCCAGCCUCCUCAGGCAUCAAAGAGUGUGAAAGUGCAACCGUCCACCAGUACGGCCUGUGUGCCUUCUUCCCAAAGCACCAAGGGUAGCAGUAAGGUUGUUAAGUCCAAUAAGAACACGGAGUCUGACAAGGACACUCAAAGGGCUCAGAAGAGAGACUCAGAGGACAGCAGCAGCUCACAAGAAAGCUCCUCAUCUUCGGAAAAAGGCGGGAAGCCUUUGUACAUGUUGAAAUCAGCUAGGCUUGGAAGAAAAAGGCCGAAAAAGAGAGAGUCGUUUAUUGACUGCUACUUGAGGGGGAAUCCAUCUGAGUGCACUGCAGAGAAUUCUGAGGGAAGGCUGGACAUAGGUGAUGCAGUUAUAUAUAGAAACGACUUUGACAGCGAUGAUGAAGUUAUAUAUCUUAGCGAUCUGUUGGGAAGGUAA